GGCGAGCUGUGGGUGGAUUGGCGGGAUCUGUCAUUGAGAGAGCGCUAUGGCCGUUGUGUGUGAGGAGCCGCUUCAUUUGGAGCCAGAAGGGUUUGUUUCAGAAGCUCAGAAGAGUGUGGAGAGUGACUCUGAUAGUGGUCAAGGUAGCUGCGAAAUUACUUCACCUGGAGGCUUGAGUAACAGAAUGGAUGGUUUGGAAGAUGGAGAUUCAGAUGAUGAAAUUCCAGUCGGGAAGAAAUCAAGGAAUAAAAAAAUACUUGAGGAAAGUGAUAGUGAUGCAGAGUUGGAGAAGAGAGGUAUUUCUGCCAGUGCCUCUGUGGAUAUGGAAAGUGAUCAGGAAGACAAGGAGAAUGUUUCAUUGCAUCAGAAGAAGCCAAGACGAAUCCGUACAAUGAUGCUGGAUAGUGAUGAUAGUGACAAAGAGGAGACCACAAACAAAGAAGAACCUGCAAGUGUUACAAAACUUGAGUCUGACCAGGGCUACACAGAGAAAGAGAUUUCUAAGGAACAUAAGGGGGGACAUAAAACCUCAAGAAAACAAGCUGGCAGCAUGCAGGAGAGGAUAGGGAAGAGCAAGUCAAAAAGACAAACUGAAAAAGAGGAAAACAAAAAGGGAGCCAGCAGAAAAAUUAAAAAGGAUAAAAAGCAAAAAUCAGAGGAUUUGGCUGAUGAGAGGCUUCCCUUGAAUGACAGUGGCUAUCUUCUAGCUGAUGAAGAUCUCUUUGAGACUGGGGAAGGGGUAGGAAGCGAUAUUGAAGAAGAGGAGGAAUCUUUAGAGGCCAUACGGUCUAAAGUUAAAAAGAGACUAAGCAGAAAUCAUUUUGAAGACCCUGAAGGUUUAGAGAAUGAGUUUGAAGAAACUGGAAAUAAAGAAGAGAAGAGAAAAGAAAGAAAGGCAGCACGGGUAAGCAAGGAAGCUAUGAAACAGAUACACAGUGAGACUCAGAGACUUCUCAGAGAAUCAUCUGUAUCUCUGCCUUACCACUUGCCUGAACCCAAAACAAUACAUGAUUUUUUCAAGCGUCGCCCGAGGCCAAUAUGUCAAGGGACUGCCAUGCAGCUUAUUAAGUCAGCAAAGUAUCAGCCAUUCUGCACUGAAGCAGAAACACCUUGUAAUCAAGAGAAUAAUGCAGGAAUCCAAGCAUUUAACCCUGUUUCAGUAGAAGGCAAAAUGGGAAAAGAGAUUCCGGUUGAUACUCCACAAUCAGGUGACUUGGAUGCAGAAAUAAAAGAAGGAAGUGUCGAAGAAAAUGGAGCAACAAACAGUGCUGUUAUUAAAGUAGACACUAUGAGUAGAUUACCCUCUGAGGAACCUUUGCCCAAGGCAGACUUAUGUCAGAGGGAAGUAAAUGAAAAUGCAUCUGAAUCUCAACAGGAAGUCACAGAUGUAGCAAACGAUAUGCUGGUGGAACAAAGUCAGACUACUGUGCCAAUUGUAGAAGUAACGGCACCAACACCACAAAAAGCAAAGCUGUCCAAGCUCGAAAAGCUACGUGCUCUUGGUGUGGAUCUGUCCUUAAAGCCUCGACUUUGCCCUGAUGAGGGUUCUUUUAUAAACCUGGAUGAGCCUAAAGAAAAUAAAGAACUGGAGGCUUUAAAGGAACGUUUUCUGAAGCAUACUAUGCAUAAAGCAAAGCCAGUGACAGAGAGAAAAGUAAAUCUCAACAUUAUCCGUAAAGAGACCACUGCAGAGGGAAAGGAGGAAUUAAAAACAGAAGUGGUACCUGUUGUGGUACCUGCAGAAAACAUUGAGGAGGCAAUUCAAGGAAAACCAGGCGAGAAGCUGCUUGUUCUGAAAGCAAAGCUGCAGGAGGCAAUGAAAAUACGUCGUAGUGAAGAACGUCAAAAACGCCAGGCCCUGUUUAAGUUGGACAAUGAGGAUGGCUUUGAAGACGAAGAGGAAGAAGAGAUGACAGAUGAAUCUGAAGAGGAUGUAGAAGAGGGGGAGGAAGCAGAGGAAAACUCAGAGAAUGUAGAAUAUCUCCUGGGAGAGGAAGAAGAAAAUGAAGACCUUGAAAAAAGUGAACUGGAAGACCGUGCAGCAGAAAUUCGUAUACCUGAGCCAAGACACGUGGCUGAGUCCACUCUGAUGUUGUUUAAGGACAACUCUACAAAGAUAGAGGAUUCUCUACCUGAUAAAGUGGAAAAUGAUGAAAGUGGAUGCAAGAGGAACAAUAAGAUGGAUGAGUAUUUUUUGCCACAACUGACAAAGGAAAACAGUCAUAAUAGCAGCUUUGAGUUGAUUGGGUCAAUGAUUCCUUCAUACCAGCCAUGCAACAAGUCAAACCGUGCAUCUGUUCACUCAAGCAUAGGUGGCUUCCGUUCCCCGUCUCCAGGUCUAUUCAAAGCUAGCUUCCUCAGUUCGGCGUCCAAGAGCUCUGGCAAAAUGUCUGAACCAUCUCUACCUGUGGAAGAUUCCCAAGACCUUUAUAAUGCUUCUCCUGAGCCCAAAGCUGCUUACCUUGGUGCUGGACCGGAAUCACAGUUUCACUUUUCCUUGGAAGAUGACACACAGAGUCAAUUGCUUGAUGCUGAUGGGUUUUUGAACGUUGGCCAUCACAGAAAUAAAUACAACUCUGCCAAACACAGGUUAGUCCUCGAUUCCAUGGAUGAAAAUGCCAUGGAUGCCAACAUGGGGGAGCUUCUUGAUCUCUGCUCUGGACAGUUUAAUGCUGCAUCCCAGGCUGAACCCACUCAAGCUGAUUCAAAGGUGCUGCAGAAAGAGAAUAUUGAUGAACUGCUGGAUCUCUGCUCAGGAAAAUUUGUGUCUCAAGGGGAUUGUUCAACUCAAGAUUCUUCAAAACCACAUCCUGAGACCAAGGAACAGAUUUCUGAAGCAUUCACUAACGAAAGAGAAGAUAGUGAUGAGGAUGAAGAGGAAGAGUUUGGGGAUUUUCGUCUUGUGUCUGAUGGUGGAUCAAACAGUGAAGGAGGAGAAGUAACUGAAGAUGAUAAUGAAGAUGAUAAUGAAGAUAAAGAAGCAUCUGAUGAAGAAGAGGAAGCCUUCUUGAGGCCAAAAAAGGGGAACCAAAAAAAGCUGAGGCUACAACAAUUCAUGGAGGAUGAAGCUGAGCUUUCUGGUAGUGAAGUAGGAAGUGAGGAUGAGUAUGAGGGGGAUGAAGAUGAUGAAUAUGAAGAAGAAGCCAUUGAUGAAGACCUCCCUUCAGAUGAGGAACUACAGGACCAAGUCAACAAAAUUCACAUGAAGGUUACUAUGGAUGAAGACCAGAGAAGGCUGCGUUUGUACCAAGAGCGUUACCUAGCUGAUGGAGACCUCCACAGUGAUGGGCCUGGAAGAAUGAGGAAAUUUAGGUGGAAGAAUCUAGAUGAUGCUUCUCAGCUGGACAUGUUUCGCAAAGACUCUGAGUUGGAAGAGCAGGAUGCAGAAAAUGAGGACAUAGAUGAAACAGAGUUAAAAUGGAGGAAGGAAAGAUUUGAGAGGGAACAAUGGUUUAGAGAGCAGUCUCAAGGUGGUAAAGAUAACAAAGAGGAGGAAGAGGAGAUUGGAGAGAACAGCCAGUUCAUGAAACUGGCAAAGAAGGUUACCGCAAAAGUUCUUCAAAGGAGAGUGACAUCAGAAACAAAUGAGCCGAAAAAGCUGCCUCCUAGAAAUCCUUUUGAAGUAAUAAGACCAUUUAGCCUCCCCAAGGUCCAUACAGGAUCUCUGUUGAACAAACCAAAGGAAGUACUGCAGAAACUUGCUGCAAUGUCUGAUCUGAAUCCCAAUGCACCCAGAAACUCUAGAAACUUUGUUUUUCAAACUCUGUCCCCACAAAAGAAACAAGAACCUUCAGAGAAACCCAAAUCAAAGAUCAGAAAGAACAUUACCGCUGUGACACCUUCACCAAAACGUAUCAAACUGGACAAUUCCUCUGCCACGUCAAAGAGCAGGAGUAUUUUCCCUUUCUUGGAGAAUUAAAUUAGAAUUCAAACAUUCUGUGUGACAACUACUGUGGAACAUGAAACUAAGACGGCCACUUCAUAAGCUUUCUCAAAUUAUGAUCUGCUUCACCCCUCAUGGCACCUUUGGUCUUGGAGGCUUCUAUUGGGAGCGUUCAGGUGCUGCAUGGGUAUUGUCUGAAGAUACAAUUUCAUAAAAUUUCAAAAUUCAAGAUGAAUUCUCUCCAGCAGUUAAACUGUGUGUAGAUUUACUUUUUCACUGUAAAUUUCUGUAUAUAUUUUUGUGGUUGUGACAAAUAGCCCUUUCCUGACACCAUUCAUGAUAGUUUCGCCAAUUACUAAAGACCUGGGUUAAAAUUCGGAAAAGGAUUUUGCUUUUGACUUAUUACUGUCCACUUAUACACAGAGGUACGUUAUUUGCGUUAAAUCUAAUCAGUUAAGUAAACACUGACAUUUGAGUUAGUAAUUCAUAUUAAGGGUUACUAUUAUGAACGUUUUCUUCAAAUGUAAAGCAACGCAUGACCUACCUCAACCUGGUGACGUUUUAACGACCGUAAACUACUGUGGCCAUUCCCAUGUUAGACUGCUUGGUCACUUAGCAGCCAGCCUUUAAUAAUUUUGUAGAUAUAUAUUUAUAUAUUUUUUUUUUAUCAACAAGUAUAUUUUUAAUAAAAUCAAAUGCUCAGCUACCUCAGAUCUUAUGUAAUUUUUUUUAUGGCACUUAAAUUGUGAAAGGCUAACCCCAGUGUAGUUUUUUGCUGCAGAAAAACGUUUGACUAUACACUUAUCGGUUUGCUUAAAAUGGUGGAGAUUCAAAGGUUUGUUUUAAAAUGUAUAUGUAAUAUCUUGUCUUGUAAAGUUUUUAUUGUAUAUUCUUAUAAAAUUCUUUUUGUUGUGAUUUUAUAAAUAAACAUGUUUAAAUUAA